AAAAAAGAAACCUUAAUGAAAACAGACGCGCCAUGGUUGUUUAUUCCGACUGAGCUUUGCUCGAGAGAAGAUCUGUCUCCUGUAUCAACACAGCGAAGUGAGCGUAACCUAACGGAGGGGAUCGUCAUCAUGACUACUCCAUCACCAAUCCCAAGCAAUCCAGAAGAUGAUGCCAUUCUUAAUGAUUUGUUUUCAUCUGAUCGCCAAGAAACAAUCUCCCAAAGACGCAGCUCAUGCAAGCAGACUUAUCUCAAGGGCGCCCCCAUGGACGGAGGAGACGCAGCAAGCUCGGCAGAUCACCCAGAGAAUGACCAAGCUGUGGCGACGUCGAAACGCCCUCUAUCGGCUGUAAUCAGAGAUCACAUUAUCGUGGAAGGUGAGAUGGCUGAACACAAAUCACAACCAGAUGAGGAUGUCCAGCUAAAACAACUGCAAGAAAAAGAUACCAAGAGAUAUGGGUGCGAACGCUUGAAGGAGACUGAGGAAGAUUUGGGGUUUCUUGAAGAGGAAAAUGAAAUUGAAAAUCUAGUGAAGUUGGUUCUUCAGAAAGUCAAGAUGGAAUUAAUCUUGGAGAAAAUAAGAAACUCUCUUUCUGAUGAGGGAUCACAUUCACCGCACAAUUCCAGUGGAUGUUGUACAGAUUCUUCCGAAUGUUCAAGCAGCACUGAUGAGGAUACUGGUUCUGUUGCGGUUGAGGGAAAAGAACUUCCUAACAGCAUUUCCCAUCAAAGCGAAGAGGCCGAACAACAACUUGACGAACUGAUCAGAUUCGUCAUUGAGAAACAAUGCAGAGAUUUAGCAUACGAGAAAGAGGUGUCUGAUUCUAGCUGGAUCCAUGAGACAGUGGUUGAGGGAGACAUACCGACGGAGGAUGACAAAAAGGAACCAGGGUUGGAUUUUCAAUUCCAUAGUGUCAUGCGAAGGCUUACGGUCGACAGAAUUGAGGACUGUUGCUGGGAAGAUCAGAUUGACAUCAUUGAUGUGAUUGAGGAGAUUGAGGAGGUUGCAGAUGAGGAGCAGGCAUUGGAGGGGCUGCAUGAGGUGUCUGAGGCACAAGAUGGAGUGACAGAACAGCCAAAAGAGAACAGUGAGGAGGUUAGUCAUCCAUUGCAUCACAAUGGCAGCGAAUCAACGAUGGAAGUAGCAAGAAUACCUCUAACGACACGCAAGGUUCCAGAAUCAUAUGAGGUUCAAGAGUUACAUGAUGAGGUUCAGGGGUCACAUGGUGAGGUUGAAGAGUCACAUGAUGUGCUUCGAGAGGUACGUGAUGAGGUUGGAGAUUCCCAUGGUGAGGCUGAAGAGGCACGUGAUGAGGUGAUAAGCAGGGAGGUUCGAAGCAACCAUUCAAAGGAGGCCGAGUUCUUGUUACAAGAGGUACAUGGAAAUGAGGUCCAAGUACAAGAGAGCAAAGAAGAGGUUAAUCACUUUCUACCACAGCAUGACACUGAGGCAAUGGGUGCAUCGGAGGUACCCAAUGAGGCACGAGGACUGGCGUCUAAAGAAGCGGUAGAUGAGAAUAGAGAAGUUGUUUUUGACGAUAUGAAGAUGCAGGAAGAGGAACAAGAAGAUGGGAGUUCUAGUGAGGACGAUGACGACGAUGACGAUGACUUGCUGACUAGCGGUGAUGAUGAGGAAUUGGACACCCUGGUCGGAUUUGUGAUUAACUCAGCCAGCUCGUCGCUGAUGAGCAACUUUGAUGUUUUCACGUUCAACAAAUCAUCUCACUUCAAGGAAGAAGCGGAAGUUUUAGAAGGUGAUACUGUCAAAGACGGAGAGGCGGAACCGUUGAUUUGUUCUGAAGAUAACAACUCGGGAGGAAAAACUGUCUCAGAGGUUUCUGCAACUGGUGACAUCAGUAAAGCUGAGGACAGGUCCCGACAAGACGUCGACAAUGUUGGUGACGAAGUUGGUCUAGUCAAGUGUGAGGGCACCGGGCACGAAAUAAACGAAAUGCAAUUCGGUCGCGAGUCUUUGGCAGCAAAUCUUACAGCGUCAUCAGUGGAGGCGAUGCACGUGACCACCGAUACCCAGUCACAGGACGCGACUGAGAAAUUGCUUCGCGCGCCCGAGGGUGAUUUGCCUAGCCAGGAGGAAACGUCACGCAGUCUUGACAUAACGAGCACUGUGAUUGGUCCGAAAGUCGCGCUGACUGCCAGUGACAUCGCUUCAGAUUCAGAUGACGAAGAUGAUGAUUUCUACGAGUCUGAGACAAAGCCUUCGGUUUGCAUCAGCACGGCAGAGAAUGACUGGGAGUGCUUGGCCAUACAGCAGGUCAGUAAAUCGCAGCCUCAUGCUUGGUACCCGACUUUCAACACCACCCAUCGUGGCGCAGGAGAAACAUUGAAGAAACAACAGGAGAUGGCUGGUAACCAUCUUGACGAUGAGUCAACACUGACCAAACCUUCAACGAUUCCCUCAGACGAGGAGAUAACUUCAUCGCAAUCGCCAAGCAUAUCAGACAGCACUGGAACCGCCAGCAACGCACUUUCAUCCCACAGUCAAACAGCCAAAACUUCCGCGCCCCCAGUAGUCUCUUCUCAAGCCCAUGAAGCCCACUCCGGUUCAACAGAGAAAGACAGCGGUGUGGCAGUGAUUAACGACGGCCUCCGUAAGAAGAUCCUCCACCUGGAACAGCGUCUAAAGGAACUGGCUCUGGAGUUGACAUUCCUGGGCGACAGGAAUUGGAGACUAGAGGCGUACAUCGACUGUCUCAUCAAAACUCUGGAGGUGUUGGAAGUCACAGAUGUGGUGGAUCUCGACGAGAAAACGUUGCCGCUGUAUCUCUUUAAAGUCAAAGUCAAGGCUGGCUACAAGUUGGGUUCCUAUAACGGCAUCCCAUCUCGCGCUCUAUGGAGCUACAACAAGGAAGGUCGCCCACCGCCUUACGUCGAUCUCAGCGGUUGGGGAGACACUGACAAGCCUGCCAAACGACCGGAUCCCAUUGAUUUUACUCCUACCCCGUCCUGUGACGACGAUGUUGGACUGAGUGUCUCCCAGAUGUACCGUUACGAGCGUCAGUUGGAGGAACUGUCUACUCAGAACCUGAUUCUAGAGGCACAGCUCCGGGAGGCCCAGGAGCUAGCCCAAGCCUUUAUCGAUGAUGCUUCCUUUCCGGGUGCUGAGCAAGCCAGACCGCAGAGUUUUCAGCAACAACCGCAGCAGAAGGACCAAGGCGUACAGACUGCUCCUCCUCAUGAAACUCUGCCUCAAGAUCUUGAAGUGCUUCAGCAACAGAUGCAGGAGAUGCAAGAGUAUCAUCCGGGCGGUGAGGAGUUUUGGCAGCAGCCCCAGCAACAGCAGCAGAUCUUCACCACUGCAACGCCACAGAGUCAACAACCUGAGUGCUAUGUCGUGCAUGAGGGCAAGCAGUAUCCACUGCCUCUACCGCAACACAUUCCGCCGAUGCAACACCAACCACUGACGCAACAGCAGCAGCAACAACACCACCAUUAUCAGCAGUUUCAGCACUACCAGUCCGAGCUGCAACCCAAGCAGGAGCAACUGCAGCAACCACAGCCGAAUUGGAACAACCGAGCAGUCCAGGAAGAGACCGUGCUACCGAGCGAUUGGAAUUCUAACGAAGAACUCGCUCUCUACGACCCACUUGAAUGGCCGACAUUGACCGAGUCGCAAGCCCAAAAUGCCGGCCAUCCCCAUUCCAAACUCGGCACCACAGAACCUAGACAAAACCAGCAGCCGCGGCUGCAACCUAGGCCAUUUGCAAACACUGGACCGGUUUUCCAAGUCUCACAAUCUGCUGCAACUGUCUCGUCCGACCCUACCAAGGACAAGUCGACCCUCCACUCGUCACUGGCGCAACCAGCCAGUACCGGUUCGAUUCCAAAUCACGAGCAUCGGCAAAAAGCAUCGUAUCAUCUCGAAAACAAGACUAAAAAUACUUCCAGCUGCAGCAGGGGGCGUCGAUUUGAGAGUAACAACCGAGGCCCGGCACGGUACAACCACCGGCCACUUGACCAGAGCCGAAGUGGUAUCGAUACUGUGCCGAGAGGUCAGCGACAGGAAGAAUCGAUGAGAUUCGAUUAUUGGGAUCCCCCUCUCGAUCAUCUGACCUUAUCGAUUCCAGGCGAGUUUCCCGUGAGUCUUCAAGGCGAGGCGUGGCACCACGAAAGCCCGCCUUUCCAUAAUGUCCGACUGAGCAGCGCACCUUCUCACAAUCCACCACCGCCGCAUCACUCUCGAAACAUGGACCGCAACCGCCGCUUCUUCCAAGGAGAUUCCGUCUUGGACUCGUACCGUCCUGAUUUCUCUGAGUUCCAAGAUUCCCGGUCCUUCAAUGGAGACCUCAGUGAGUCUGUAUCAGCCCCUAACCCGACAUUCAAACUCGAACCAGGUUACAAAUUCGACAAGUUUUCUUCCCCUCCUAGUACGCGUGGAUUUUCCUCCACGAGCAGCUCGACCAGCGUUGGCGGUUUACCAUACUCCAGCAGACGGCCUGACAAGCGGUCAGCGACUCCAACCAGACGGGGCAAGCCGUGGUCCAGGGCGGGAUCGCCCCGUCACUCAAGCUGUCAUUCUCCGCUUAAACCACGCGCUAACCCGGAAAAGACACACAGCGACUCUAAAUGACCAAACAGAAUAAAAAAACAAAACUCGCAAGACGUAAAGUCAUUUGGGAAUUUAUAGCUUUUGGUAUGGGUAGACGUUGUGUGUCUUAAUCUUAUUGAAUCUUAAGGAUGGGAGAUUAUUUAAAGAUGGACGAGGCAGUUAUGAAAUCGAUGCACAACGACGAACAAGAUCGAUGUAUUAAAAGUUGGCGCAAGGCUUCCGGCUGCUGAACCUCCGUGGUUUGACUGAGUGAGCAAGAAGGGAAAAGUAAGGCCAAAAAAAAAAGUCUCCGGUUUCUGGUAUGCGCGCGCGUCGCCGUAGCCAUGCGCGUCGACAAAAU